CUGCACGCCUUACCUCUAAACGCUGAUCACACGUUAUCGCAUCCUAAACAUUACCCGGGAUACUACACCGACUCUCCCGACUAAAUGUGUCGUCAUGUCUUUCCGCUCAGCCGGGAGUGUCGCUAAGAACAAGAAGUUUUACAAGGGUUUGCUACCUUCCAAGGACGAAAAAGCGCAGCGUAGCAGUAACCCGCAGAGCCGGCGCGGCGGUGCUCAACCUCAGCCGCAUUCACGGAAGCGGGCCGCAGACGGGCGCUUCGCAGCAGAGCAGCACCAGCACCAGCAGCUAGAGGACCUCGAGGGUUACGUCGAGGAGACUGUCGAGGGUGCUGCCGGGGACCCGGGUGCUGCCGGGGACUCGGGAGCAGCGCUCAGGGACCACACGCGACAGACACGCAGAGACGCAAAACAGUCCCUCGCCCAAAGCCCACAGCUCACGUCGGCUUACCUGCGGGACUACGCGGAUGCUAGUGCUGCUCGUCAGCUGUUGCUGCAGUGCCAAGCAGCAGCAAUCACCGGCCUUGUGGAGGCGCGGGGCAGUGAGUGCCCCGAAUGCUGCGAGCCUUGCAACCUGACGCACAAGGUGCCGGUGGUGGUCGUCACUUGGGAGCAGCCGGUCAUCGUGGCCGUGCCGGUGCUAUGGUGCAAGCGCUGCUGCAAGUUCGUCAGCAUGCAGCCCACCGUUGUGGAUUGCCUGCCGGACACGCCAACAUCGUGGGACCUGACCAAACGGGCGGAGGGGCAGAUGGUGUUGUGGUGGCACGCCACAACACUCCAGCAGUUCUCCCGCCUAUGCUACUCAAGUCGGCAUCAGAGCGCAGACGCAUUUGCAGCUGCCAUGUUGGAGGUAUGGCGGUUGAACAGCGUCUGGCCUCUCAGCGACUCAGCGGCAGCGGCAGCUCCGAAGCUGGGCAGGGACAAGCUACGGAAGCGCAUGCGCUACGCGCUCAACGCCUACUACCACCUGGAUGGCGUAGUACCGGUGGCGGAGCCAGCUGCGGCACCAGCAGCCACUGCAGACGUGGUUGCAGCUGGCGCGGAGCAAGGCGGAGACACCAGCAGGGAGGGAGUGGUGGCGGAGCCAGCUGCGGCACCAGCGGCCACUGCAGACGUGGUUGCAGCUGGCGCGGAGCAAGGCGGAGACACCAGCAGGGAGGGAGGCGGGCGUGACGGCGGCGACGGUCCACUGCAGGGCAGGGGGCCGGGGGCGGCGGCGGCAGUUGCCAUCACCAUCACUGCCACCGCCUCAUCAGCUGCAUUUACUGUCAUCGCCACCACCGCAUCAGGCGCUGAGUCGAUGGCGGCAGUAGCAGCUGGUGGUGAUGGGCGUCAGGAGGCAGGCAGGGCAGGAAACCUAGGCGGGGAAGGUGGCCCUUCAACUGCAGUGCGGCGUGCAGACGCGGGGCAGCAGCAGGGCGGUGAUCCGGCGGCGCCUACACCUGCAAGUGUAGCCGCGCGCCCAGUGCUGAUGGAUGUGUUGGCGGGACCCGGCUGCAUUCAUUCCCUGCACUUUGAUGGCUGCUUCAAGCUGAACUUGCUGUCCAGGGGCAAGUUUCACUGUCAGCUGUACAAGCAGUGGGAGCGACGGCGCUACUUCCUGCACAACGGGGCGGUGAACGAGGUGGACGGGACCUGGGCGACAGACAACGGCCCGAGUCGUUGCUCCACCUUCCAUGCUGACCGCGUGCUGGCGUCGGAGAACAGCAAGAACCUGAUCACAGGAGCAGGAGCGGUGCUGUGUCGGCACGGCAUGCUGAUGCGCCUUAUGAACCUGUUUACGGGUGAGCGGCACAUCUACGCCAUUGCAGCCAUGUACUCCUUCCUCCGUGUGGGAACAGCGAUCCAGUUUUGGUGGUACGACAUUGCGUGCCGCUGGAGCAAGUCUCUCGCUAAAUGGCUUGCCGAGCCUGGGCGGAGCACCGCUGUAGUGGCGCUGGGCUGUGCCGUGAUGUGCCUCAUCCAGCCAUGGCACCGCUACGCGCACAACUUCGCUUGCCAAAAGGAGUUCGGGCAUACCCAACAGCCUGGGGUGGGUCGGGGCACGGGUGAGCCGGCAGAGGUGUUCAACAGCGUGGUGGGGCCGCAUGGGGCCGUGACGCGGUACAUGGCCCCUGCCAACCGCGAGGCGCACCUGGAGCACGUGUCCCGGCUGUACAGCGAUCAGGUGCUGCUCGGCUUGCCGGCACGCCUGUGGCGCGCUAGGCGCAAGGCGGCGCUCAUCGCGGGAACGAUGCGGGAACGCAUCGCUCAGCUGGAGGCCGCUCUCGGUGGCAAAAAGGAAGAGGUGCUGGCGCGUAUCAAGCAGCAGAUCGCACAGCGCACCCAGCGCCCAGAGGCUCCGCUCCCAGCUGAGCCGCUGCCCGCAAGAGCGCAGUAUGUGCGCAGCCGUGCGGUGGUGGAGAGGCUACAACGCCUGGACGCGGUGGAUGCCCCGGGAGAGGUGCCGCUGGACCUCCUGUACGGUGGUGCGGGCGACCUAACGCUACGACAACGUCCGCAGGUCAUCAAGUCCAUGAAGGAGCAGGCCCAGCGCCACGAGCAGGAGCACCCUGACUGGAAGCUGUGGGCGCCUUCUUCGCAGGACUUCCUUGCGGGCCUGCAUGCAGUGGCGGCCAGCGACCUGCAAGAGCUGUACGCGGAGAUUGAGGCGUCGGUACUGGACUACUACUGCCUGGAACAGCUGAUGUCGUCGCUGCAGUCGCGGAAGAAGGAGCAAGGCCUGGUGAAGAAGGAGAAGGACAAGGCCAUCGCUAAGAUUCGUGAGGCGUGGGACAAGGCCGUGCGGUGGAGCAAGUGGUGCCUUGCGCACCCGGUGGGCGGCACUCCUGACGCUGACGCUGUGAUGCAGCGGAUAACGGGGCAGGACGGGCGGGGCCGCGGGCCGGAUGCCGUGUUCAGCGAAGUGCUGCGCCAGGAUUUCCCAUGGGGAGUGUGCACCACAGAGGGUCCUAGCCCCCGUGUCGAGGCCACGUUACUGCGGUGCAUGCAUGAGCUGGCAAGGUGUUCAGAGGAAGAGUUGAUCAUUGAGAGCGAGGGAGAAUGUGCGGUGCAGUACUACAGGAAGCGCGUGGAGUGCUUGAAGCACCAUUUGCAGGCGGCAGUAGCUGACUCGUCCCAUGCCCUGCUGUUGCGAGAGCACAUGAGCGCACACGAGGCAAUGCUAUCAGCAUGGGAGGGCUUUGUGGGCGGUGAUGAGCCACCUGUUGACCGCAGCUACCUAGACUUCCAGGACGAUUAGGCGCGCCGUGGCAUGCCGUUGUACAUACUAUCGUAUGCCUGCUGUUGCCCUGGGAGGCCACGCGUGGUGGUGGGGCUAGGCUGGCGAUCAGCAACGCCGCGCGCACGUGUGCAAUGAACUGUGGUCAGGAAUGUGUAUUGAGUGCCCCAACGUCGCGUUGCUGUUGAGAGGCGGGCUGGACAGAAGACGAGGUGGUCCUGGUAGUAAAGGACGUGUGCCUGCUGGGAGCCCCUGCGCGUGGUGUUGCCCUGGGAGGCCACGCGUGGUGGUGGGGCUAGGCUGGCGAUCAGCAACGCCGCGCGCACGUGUGCAAUGAACUGUGGUCAGGAAUGUGUAUUGAGUGCCCCAACGUCGCGUUGCUGUUGAGAGGCGGGCUGGACAGAAGACGAGGUGGUCCUGGUAGUAAAGGACGUGUGCCUGCUGGGAGCCCCUGCGCGUGGUGUUGCCCUGGGAGGCCACGCGUGGUGGUGGGGCUAGGCUGGCGAUCAGCAACGCCGCGCGCACGUGUGCAAUGAACUGUGGUCAGGAAUGUGUAUUGAGUGCCCCAACGUCGCGUUGCUGUUGAGAGGCGGGCUGGACAGAAGACGAGGUGGUCCUGGUAGUAAAGGACGUGUGCCUGCUGGGAGCCCCUGCGCGUGGUGUUGCCCUGGGAGGCCACGCGUGGUGGUGGGGCUAGGCUGGCGAUCAGCAACGCCACGCGCACGUGUGCAAUGAACUGUGGUCAGGAAUUCGCACAAUGAUGGCAAACAAAAACGUGUUGUGGCCUUACUACCUGUGCCG